AAGAUAAAAAACUCCUUUAUUUGAAAGGGGCAGUUGCCGCAAUGAAGUCGGAUGUAUUUGAUCUGUUGGGAACGGCAAUCGAAGAUGUUCUAAUUGAGAAGACGAGAUGGUGCACAGUGCUUACGAUUCCUUCGAGCUACUCAAGGAUAAUCCCUCCAAAAUCGAAUCCAUCGAGUCUUAUGGCUCCAAACUUUUCAUCGGUUGUUCCGAUGGAUCUCUUCGUAUUUACUCCCCGAAUUCCUUCGGUUCCGACCGCUCUCCCUCGUCUGAUUUCCACUCCAAGUCGACGGAGUUGCAAAAGGAACCAUAUGUACUGGAGAAGAACGUGUCCGGGUUCUCCCGGCGGUCUUUGGUUUCAAUGGAGGUCAUUGAUUCGAGGGAGCUCCUUUUGACUCUCUCUGAAUCAAUCGCCUUUCACAAGCUUCCCAAUUUGGAGACUCUUGCUGUAAUUACUAAGGCCAAGGGUGCUAAUGCCUAUUCCUGGGAUGAUCGCCGAGGAUUCUUGUGCUUCGCCAGGCAAAAGAGGGUCUGUAUUUUCAGACACGACGGCGGACGAGGAUUCGUGGAGGUUAAAGAAUUUGGUGUCCCUGACACAGUGAAGUCAAUGUCUUGGUGUGGAGAAAAUAUAUGUUUGGGAAUCAAAAGAGAAUACGUGAUAUUAAAUGCUACCAGUGGUGCAUUGACUGAUGUAUUUCCUUCUGGGAGGCUAGCCCCGCCUUUGGUAGUCUCCCUACCUUCUGGAGAACUUCUUCUUGGAAAGGAUAACAUUGGUGUUUUCGUGGACCAAAACGGGAAACUGCUUCAAGAAGGUCGGAUUUGUUGGUCAGAGGCUCCUUCUAUCGUCGUCAUACAGAAUCCCUAUGCAGUUGCUUUGUUGCCAAGAUAUAUUGAGAUUCGGUCCCUCCGGUCUCCAUAUGCAUUGAUACAGACCAUUGUCCUUCGAAAUGGUCGGCAUCUUAUUGACAGUAAGCAUGCUCUGGUUGUUGGAUUAGACAAUUCUGCUUAUGGCCUCUUUCCUGUUCCUCUUGGUGCACAGAUUGUACAAUUAACAGCAUCUGGUAACUUUGAGGAAGCGUUGGCUCUGUGCAAAUUGCUUCCACCUGAAGAUUCAAGCCUUCGAUCUGCAAAGGAGAGUUCAAUUCAUAUCAGAUAUGCUCACUAUCUUUUUGAUAAUGGGAGCUAUGAGGAGGCAAUGGAACAUUUUUUGGCAUCUCAAGUGGAUAUAACCUAUGUGCUUCCCUUUUAUCCUUCAAUUGUCCUUCCAAAGACAACUUUGAUUACUGAAACAGAGAAAUUGAUGGAUUUGGGUGAUCCUCAUCUGUCAAGAGGUUCUUCAGGUUUUUCAGAUGAUAUGGAGUCACCUCCAAACCAACUACUGGAAUCUGAUGAGAACACGUCACUGGAGUCAAAAAAAAUGAACCAUAAUACUCUCAUGGCUCUAAUCAAGUUCUUGCAGAAGAAAAGGCACAACAUCAUUGAAAAGGCCACUGCCGAAGGGACAGAAGAGGUAGUUUUAGAUGCUGUUGGAGACCGGUAUAAGAAAUCUUAUAAGGGACGAGGGAACAUCCCCAUCAGCUCCGGUGCUAGGGAGAUGGCAGCUAUAUUGGAUACAGCUCUACUUCAAGCUCUGCUUUUUACUGGACAAUCAUUUGCGGCUUUGGAAUUAUUAAAAGGCCUGAAUUAUUGUGACGUGAAAAUAUGUGAAGAGAUCCUUCAGAAAAAUAAACAUUAUUCCGCACUGUUAGAGUUGUAUAGGUGCAAUUCUAUGCAUCGUGAAGCUCUAAAACUUUUGCAUCAAUUAGUAGAAGAGUCAAAAGGCAAUGAGUCUCAAACUGAAGUUAUCCAAAAGUUCAAACCCGAAAUGAUCAUUGACUAUCUUAAGCCACUUUGUGGAACUGAUCCCAUGCUGGUCCUGGAAUUCUCGAUGACCGUUCUUGAAAGCUGUCCAACACAAACUAUUGAGCUCUUUCUUUCAGGAAAUAUUCCUGCAGACUUGGUCAAUUCCUAUUUGAAGCAACAUGCUCCUACCUUGCAGGCAACAUAUUUGGAACUUAUGCUUGCAAUGAACGAGAGUUCAAUUUCUGGAAAUCUCCAAAAUGAAAUGCUUCAAAUAUAUCUUUCGGAAGUUCUUGACUGGUAUGCAGAUUUAAGUGCUCAAUGUAAGUGGGAUGAAAAAACUUACUCCUCCACAAGAAAGAAGUUGUUGUCUGCUUUGGAGUCAAUCUCAGGGUAUCAGCCGGAGGUUCUAUUAAAACGCCUUCCUUCAGAUGCAUUAUCCGAAGAACGAGCAAUUUUAUUGGGGAAGAUGAACCAGCAUGAGCUUGCCUUAUCUCUCUAUGUUCAUAAGAUCCAUGUUCCUGAGUUGGCACUGUCCUACUGUGAUCGGGUUUAUGAAUCAAACCAGCAACCAACAAAAUCUUCUGGCAAUAUAUACCUGACUCUUUUACAAAUAUACCUCAACCCCCGCAGAACAACAAAAAAUUUUGAGAAGAGAAUUACUAACUUAACAUCUCCUCAAAAUAUGGGCACUCCAAAACUUGCUUCAGGUUCUUCAUUCAAGGUUAAAGGAGGCCGUGCAGCUAAGAAAAUUGCUGCAAUAGAAGGUGCAGAAGACAUGAAAAUUAGUCUUGGUAACACUGACAGUAGUAGGAGUGAUGGUGACACAGAUGAACCUGGUGAAGAAGGAAGCUCUUCAAUUAUGCUUGAUGAAGCUCUGGAUCUGUUGAGCCAAAGGUGGGACAGAAUUAAUGGAGCACAGGCACUUAAACUUUUACCUAAGGAAACUAAGUUACAGAACUUGCUUCAAUUUAUUGGACCACUUUUAAGGAAAUCCAGUGAGGCGUACAGGAACUCUUCGGUGAUAAAGAGUUUGCGACAAAGCGAAAACUUGCAGGUGAGAGACGAACUCUAUAACCAAAGGAAACCUGCUAUAAAAAUAACCAGUGAUAGCAUGUGCUCCCUUUGCAAGAAGAAAAUAGGGACGAGCGUUUUUGCAGUCUAUCCGAACGGGAAAACACUUGUGCACUUUGUCUGCUUUAGAGACUCACAGAACAUGAAGGCUGUGUCCAAGGAUUCACCGCUAAGGAGGCGUACAUAAUUCAAUGUGAUGGCUUCUCCAUUUUUAGUUAUCAAACACAAAAAUUGAAAGCUCUAACAGGGAAAAGAAAACUAACAAACUCAGGUGUCAAGAAAGUAUUGCCUAUUCAUGACAAAGGAAACUACCGUUGGUGAAAAAACUUGGAAAUUGGCAUGGAGGGUUUUUUUUUUUUUUUUGAGUCAUUCAUUGGAUUGGCUUCUUGGGUGUAUUUAUUUAUUAUAAUUUUAUUUUCCAAUUGAGUGAAAUAUGUGAGGUUUGUAUUUAUAUGAGGGUUAUGAUUUCUACCAUUUAUAUGUAUAUCUCUUUUGCUGUAAAAUAUUGCAAGUCCAGCUUGAAUGAAAAGAACGAAAGGAUCCUGAUUUUGCUGUGAUAA